AUGGAGCUCUUCGUCGACGUUGUCACGAAGACCGACGAGAACUUUUGCGCCCUAUGCACCAACGAGAAGGACGUCGGCAAAUAUGGCAAUCCCCUCCACCACAAAGGGUCAUCCUUCCUUCGUGUAAUCCCCAAUUUCAUUUUUCAGAGCAGUGACUUCACUGCGGGUAACGACGGCAAGUCGAUCUAUGACGCCAAGUUUACCGACGAGAACAUCAUGAGAAAGCACACCGGGACCUGUCGAUGGCGAAGGCUGUUCCGGGGACAAAUGACAUGUACUUUUUCAUCUGCACGACAAGGACGAAGUNGUGUUCGGGCAGGUGGUGGAGGAGUACGACAUAUUGAAGGCGGUGGAGAAUGUCGGGUCAGGGAGCUACCGGACCUCGAGACGGGU